CUCCGAGAGUCAGAAAUCAUCCGAAGCCGAGGCUGAGUGGAUGACAGCUGGUCACCUUCCUCUGCUGAGUGCGCUCCACUAAAGUCUUUAGACUAAAAACUAAAAACAAAACUAAAAACAACCGGACUUUGGCUGAACGAACCGAAACUUCAUCACCAAAGAAAUGGCCCAUUCCAAACCUCUGCUGAUGCCAUGGCUGAGGGCCAACAUUGACAGUGGGAGGUAUCCAGGUGUCCAGUGGACAAACCCUGAAAAAACAGAGUUCUGCAUCCCAUGGAAGCACGCUCUCAGGCAGGACUCCUCCGACACCGAUGUUCUCAUCUUUAAGGCUUGGGCAGAGGUGAGUGGAAACGGCCAGGCUCAGGGAGAUCCCUCCGUGUGGAAGAGAAACUUCCGCAGCGCCCUCAGGGCAAAGGGCUUCAAAAUGGUUUCAGACAAAAAGAACGAUGCUGCUAACCCACAUAAAGUCUAUCGUUGGCCUGAGGGCUCUGCAGCAGGAGCCAACUCUUCCUCUGGGUCCCAAGAGCAGGAUGACUCCAGUAAUUUUAACGCCUAUGCAGUUCAGGAGAGUAAGGUUGUCCCAUUCUUCGAUGAGGUUUAUCGUGAGCAAGAUAUUCUGUUGCCAGCAGAUUGCUCAGCCAGCCAGGAUAUCCUUCAGGAGUGUCUGAGAGGACUCAGUAUUGGCCCUGAAGCAGAGGGAACCACAGGCUUUCAGCCACCUACUGAGCAACAGCAGCAGCAGAAUCAGGUUUUGAUUGGUGCACAUCAGUUGCCUGGGCAACAGCAAGAUCCAGUAAUGUUUCAGGGUGCAGCCUGUGAAACUGGGUUGCCAGAGCAACCGGCACAUCCAGUGGGGGGAGCAGAGGGGCCGGGCUUCGGUGAUGGGCAGCAGGCAGAGCAGUUCCUGCAAACGAUGUACCAAACCAGAGAUGGAGAUAAUUUCAUGACCCAGUUUAAGGUGUGCGUAUACUACAGAGGAGUGAAGGUCUCUGAGCAGUUGGUUCAUAAUGAAAACGGACUCCGCCUAGUUUACAGGCCUGAUCUAACCGGUACCAUUGUGGAUCAGGAGACUGGACUCUCUCUUGUCUCUCUGCCAAGACCUGAUGGCAUUCUGGAUCAAACCCAAGCUGCUCUGACCCAAAGGCUUUUGAACAGUCUUGGCAACGGCCUUGACGUGGGCACGUUGGAGAACGUGAUCUACGGACAGCGGCGAGGAGAUGUCAAAGCUUACUGGAGUUUAUCCAAGUUUGACAACAGCAGACAGCCAAGGGAGGUUUCUAAAAUGAAGCUUGAACCUCUUUACUAUGUCAAGGAAUUUAUCCAAGGAAUAAUAGAUUUUAUUAAUGGGAAGGACUCCCCGUCGUGCUCUCUGUUCUUCUGUCUGGGGGAAAAGUGGCCUGACCCUGAGAACAGGCCCUGGGAGAAAAAACUCAUAAUGGUAGAGGUGGUUCUGACUUCAAUGGAUCUUCUAAAGAAUAUGGCUGUUGAGACCGGCGCCUCCUCUCUACAGUCUGUAGAACUGCAGACCUCUCUUGAAGAAAUGAUGGAUCUCUGCUGAUGAGUCUCUGCUGUUUUUCUGCCCUUUAUGAUGUGAGAAUAUCUCAGUUUCUCAUCUUUGGAAGCUUUUAUUUGAUAUCAAACAGAUCAACACAUUGUCGUGCUGCGUUAGCUGGGACGUCACAAAUAAAUACCUGUUUAACUAUAAAUUUGGGUUUCAUUUAUAUUUAUAUUUUAAUUCAAGUUAUAGACUUUAUUUUUUCCUGCAUAAUGUGUAAAAUGUAUUAUACUGUAGUUUAAAAUUAUGAUAUUUGUCAAACAUCUUGAUGCAAAAAACCCCAAAA